AUGGCACCUAUUGACAUAGUCGUCAUUGGAGGCUCAUUUGCAGGCCUUCAUAUUGCUCACUCUGUGCUUCGUGAUGUACCCGAUGCAAAGGUUGUGCUGAUCAACCCCUCAACCAGCUACUACUGGAAUAUUGCUGCCCCACGCAUUCUCGCCAAACCCAAGGCCUUCCGCCCCCAGCAGUAUUUGCUCCCAAUUAAGGAUGCUUUUGCAAGCUACCGGCCCGACGCGUUUGAGUUCCUCCCUGGAGUUGCGACUGCUAUCGAUCCCGCUGCCAAGACAGUUUCCGUGACACCCAACGAGGGCGAGCCCAAGACUCUAUCAUAUGAUUAUCUCGUUAUCGCCUCGGGUAGCACAACAUCUGCCACCACUGGCUCGCUCACCGGCACCUCCAUCCCAUUCAAGCCGUCGAACCAGAAUGACAUGGAGGAGCUGAUCGAAGCAGCACAGGGACACAUCGCUGGCGCGAAGGAGAUCGUGAUUGGCGGUGCAGGCCCAAUCGGCGUUGAGCUGGCCGGUGAGCUUGCUGAAGCAGUGGAACAAAGUGGCAAUGCCGGCAAGGUCUCGAUCACGCUUAUCUCAGCAACAGAUCGCGUGCUCCCGAUGCUUAAGUCAUCCGCCAGCUCUGCCGCACGCAAGAUGCUACAGCAAAAGAAGGUCAAGAUUGUGACCUCGAAGCGAGUUAUUGGCGUCGAGACUCCGGCCGACGAUAGUUCCAACUGGACAGUCUCUCUGGAAGGCGGAGACAAGAUUUCGGCUGACCUGUAUAUCCCCACUACCGGUGCCAACCCCAACAACAGCUUUAUCCCAGCUGAAUUCCUGGACAAGGACGGCUGGGUGACGGUCAACAAAGAGAUGCGCGUUCAGUCGACUGAUGGGUCGGCUCUGCCUAUCUUUGCUGCUGGUGAUAUCACCAACAACUCAAUGCGUCUCAGUUUCAAGGCUGUGGAGCAGGCGCAUGUGGCCGCUGCCAACCUCAAAGCUGCGAUUGUAGGCGGCGCUGCGAUCAAAACCUACGACCAGGGCGAUAGCAUUUUGAUGGUCGUCCCUGUCGGUGAAGCUGGUGGUACUGGUCAGAUGUUUGGAUUCGUGCCGUUCAGCUUCAUGGUCAAGAUGAUCAAGGGCAAGCACUACUUCAUUGAUAAGGCCGCUGGCGCACUCGCUGGCAAGGCUUAG